AUGAGUAGCCCGAAGCGCAGAAUCGAGACAGAUGUGAUGAAGUAUGCGCUGCAAACAAUUGUAUGUGCUAGAUAUCUCCCCACCAACCCCGAGGAAGACUUGGAAUUCGAAUAUCUUCUGAACAGGCAAGAGUUCUAUGUCCGCUUCAAGGGACCUGAAGAAACACCGUUCACCGGAGGCCACUGGAAAAUCCACGUGGAGCUGCCCGACCAGUACCCGUACAAGAGCCCGAGCAUUGGAUUUGUGAACCGGAUCUUCCACCCGAACAUCGAUGAGCUGUCCGGCUCCGUGUGUCUCGACGUCAUCAACCAGACAUGGUCACCCAUGUACGACAUGCUCAACAUCUUCGAGGUCUUCCUUCCUCAGCUCCUGCGCUAUCCUAACCCAUCCGACCCACUCAACGGUGAGGCUGCCGCGCUCAUGAUGCGAGAGCCAAAAGCCUACGAGGCCAAGGUAAAGGAAUACGUUGCCAAGUACGCCAGCAAAGAGGCAGUGGACGACGCAGGCGAAGACACCGAAUCCGAAGAUGAGUUGAGUUCCGCAGGCAGCUAUGAGUCUAACGGAGAAGAGCCGGCAGGCGCAAUGGAUGAUGUGUGA